AUGGUGGAUCGCAUUUCGGCUCCUGCAGCACCUUUCAGCCAUCGGCGGGAGACUAGACCUAGACCUCCGCUCCUGGCACAAGAAAUACGGCGACGUGGAUAUCUAUGGACAUUGCCACCGCCAACUCCCAAAAGUGCAAGUCUCCCCAACAGAGGCAAGGACAUCUUCGGCGCCAACGACGUGGACCAUGGUCAUUUCCGCAAGAUGCUCUCGCACGCAUUUUCAGCCAAGGGCCUGCAGGCACGGGUAUGCAUUGUCACACAGUACAUCGAUAAACUGAUCGAGCGACUGAAGGGAUUCGCGAAGUAG